AUGGCUGCGGCGCGCGCCGGAGGGGCCGAGCGGGUGCUGCCGGCUUCCCCCAAUUGGUACUGCAGCCGCUGCAGCGACGUCUCUGGGGACGGGAGCCUCUUCGGCUUCGCGGCUCGCAAUACCGUCUGCCUCCUGGAGAUCCGCGCCGGCCUGCCGGCGUUUCACGGUGAGAUAGUGGGCCACACUGAGAGGGUUUCUGGUUUCUCAUUUUGCCACUACCCUGGUCAGAGCAACUACUGUGCCAGCAGCUCUGACGAUGGAACUGUGAAAAUCUGGGAUUUGCAGACAUUGGCUGUGGUAACAGAACAUACGCUGCAUCAGAAUACAAUUUCUGCAUUGCAUUGGUCACCCCACGUGAAAGAUUUAGUUGUGUCUGGUGAUGAGAAAGGAGUAGUGAUUUGCUACUGGCACAAUCGAAGUGACAGCCAACAGUUCUUUCCAGAACCCAGGACUAUAUUUUGUCUCACUUGUUCUCCACACCAUGAUAACUUGAUGGCCAUUGGGUAUAAAGAUGGGAUUGUGGUUAUAAUUGACAUCAGCAGGAAGGGAGAAGUUGUUCGUCGCCUGAGAGGUCAUGAUGACGGAAUACACUCCCUGGCCUGGUGCCCUGUGCUCGGCGAGGAAGGUCUCUGCACCCGGCAAGAAGAGGGCCAAGAAGAUGCUAUUAAUGGAUGUCUUCUGGAAGAGAAAGCAGCUGUAACAAAAGGGUGUUACUUGGCUUCAGGAAGCAAAGAUCAGACUAUCCGUGUGUGGAGUUAUACUCGAAGCAGAGCGGUAAUGACUCUGAAGUUGCCCUUUUUAAAAAAGAGAGGUGGAAGCAUGGAGUCUGCUGUCAAAGAGCGCCUCUGGUUGACUGUGCACUGGCCCCGAACCCAGCCCGCACAGAUCUUCUCCAGCUGCUUUGGAGGUGAACUGCUGCAGUGGGAUUUGGCCCAACCUGGGAAACGGAAGUGGGUGAUUCUAGGUUCUUCAUCUGAAGGACAAAACCACUCUAGAAUAGUGUUCAACUUGUGUUCUCUACAGUCAGAAAGCAGAGAGCUACUUCUCUCCAUUUCAAUGGAUAGGGAUGUGAAAUGUUGGGACCUGGCAACUUUAAACUGCUGUUGGACAAUGCCUUCUCUUGGGGGCUUUGUUUAUAGCCUGGCGUUCUCCCCAGUGGAUACAGGCUGCCUUGCUAUAGGAGUUGGGGACAGCAUGAUACGAGUGUGGAACACCUUGUCAAUAAACAAUCACUACGAUGUGAAAACCUUCUGGCAAGGCAUUAAAUCCAAGGUCACAGCUUUGUGCUGGCAUCCAACCAAGGAAGGCUGUUUAGCUUUUGGGACAGAUGAUGGGAAAGUUGGUGUGUACGACACUUAUUCUAACAAGCCCCCACAGAUCUCCAGCUCCUACCACAAGAAAACUGUGUAUGCAUUAGCCUGGGGGCCUCCUGUUCCACCAUUAUCUUUUGGAAGAGAUGGUGAGAAACCUUCAGUAACCUUAUAUAGCUGUGCAGGAGAAGGAGUCGUCUUCCAACACAAUCCUUGGAAACUUAACGGGGAAGCCCACGACAUCAAUAAAGUUAUCCGAGAAACAAAUUUGAUCGAACACAAAUUACCAGCUCACACAGAAAUCAGCUGGAAACCAGAUGGCACGAUCUUGGCUAUUGGUAAUGAAGAUGGAUCAAUUGAAAUAUUUCAAGCUCCUGAACUGAAAUUGCUGUGCACCAUCCAGCAACAUCACAAACUAAUCAAUGCUAUUCGUUGGCACCAUGACCAUGGGGCACAACCAGAAUUGAACUACAUGAUCGCCUCUGGCUCAAACAAUGCUGUUAUUUAUGUGCAUAACAUCAAGACUGUCAUAGAGAGCUCUCCAGAGAGGCCUGUGAUGAUAACGGAGCCCUUCCGUACUCUGGUGGGGCAUACAGCUAAGAUCACCAGCUUGUCUUGGAGCCCACACCAUGAUGGCAGACUCGUCUCUGUUUCCUAUGAUGGCACUGCUGAGGUUUGGGAUGUUCUAAAGGAAGAGCCUUUGCAUAAUUACAGGGGACACCGAGGCCGCUUGCUGUGUGUGCAAUGGUCACCUGUGGAAGCAGACUGCAUUUAUACAGGAGCCGAUGACUUCUGUGUUCAUAAAUGGGUGCCUGCAAAGCAGGAAUACAGCCGGCCUCCCCAAGGUAAGAAGAGCCUUGAGCUGGAGAAAAAGAGAAGCUCCGCACUCAAACCAAAAGCCAAGAAAAAGAAAAAGCCGUUGGAGAAGAUGCCUUCAGCACAGGACAUUUCAGUGAACGGUGGUGAGGAUGCCACGAAGACUCUGUUAGAGGAGAAUGGGCUGUCGGACCAAGAGGGAGAAAAGGAGCAAGAGGAACCAGCUGAGAGACUUUCCACAGAAGUCCAUAAGGAUUCCUCUACAUGUCCACCGCUUGCGUGCACACAAGAUAUUCCAAAACUUCCUGUGAGCUUCAGAGCCUCUCCAUUGAGGAAGGAUCAUAUCAGACCAGGGUCAGAUUCUUCCACGAAGAGGAAAAAGCCACGCUCCAUCCUGCCUCUUAGCGCUUCCAUGGACCAAAGAUCAAAAGAGGAACUGCACCAGGACUGUAUGAAACUAGCGGCCUGCUCACACUCCAAAGAUCAGGAGAAAGAUUUACCCUCUCAUUCAGGGGAUCAUGUCCGCUUGGGGCUGUUCACCGAUAGACCUGCGUUAUACAGAUUGAUGGAAGCAGAAGGAAAAAACCAUAAAGAGAAUGGGCACCCAGAGUUAUUUCAGCAGCUGAUGGUCUGGAAAGGAGAUCUGAAGGGUGCUCUCCAGUCAGCGGCAGAAAGGGGAGAGUUGACGGACCAGCUGGUGGCUUUCUCCCCAAUGGCUGGCUACCAAGCCUGGGUGUGGGCCGUCGAAGCCUUCGCAAAGCAGCUGUGUUUUCAGGAGCAGUACGUCAAGGCCGCCUCCCACCUCCUCUCUCUCCACAAAGUGUAUGAGGCUGUGGAGCUGCUGAAAUCACACGGUUUUUUCAGGGAAGCCAUUGCAAUUGCCAAGGCCAGGCUGCGUCCUGAAGAUCCAGUUCUAAAAGAUCUCUACACCAGCUGGGCAGCAGUACUGGAAAGGGAUGGCCAUUAUUCUCUGGCAGCCAAAUGUUACCUGGGAGCUGCCUGUCCCUACGAUGCAGCCAAAGUGCUGUCUAAAAAGGGAGACCCCACAUCUCUAAAAGCUGCCGCUGAGCUGGCUCUGAUAGCUGGAGAGAAGGACCUGUCGGUGACUUUUUCCUUCCGGUGUGCCCAGGAGCUUUUGUCUGCCAAGAACUGGGUCGGGGCACAGGAAGUUCUCCAGCAGCAGGAGAGUUUAUUGGUGAGGGGACACAGAUUGGUGUUCUGUCUUAAUGAGCUGCUUCACAAAUGCCUUAGUGAAAGGAAUCCAGUGCAAAACAGAAGCCUAGCCAUACCUUGCUACCACAGCUGGGUAGUGAGACAAGGCUGCUCCUUUAUAGAAGUGGUGACAACUAUAUGGCAGAGCGUAUUUGGUGUGCAUACUGUUGAACAAGCACAGACCAUGUUUGAACAGCUGCAGAUUAUUCAGUAUCCUCCUGCCACAAGCAACACUCAUCCCAGGCAGCUCCUUUUCCACAUAUCCCAUGAACUGACCCUGGCACUCCUGAGCCAUCAGACGGCUUCCUGGGAAGAGGCAGUGAAAGCCAUUCUUGGAGCUGUGACCCGGAGCUAUGAUGCUGGAAAUUUUACUCUCAUGCAAGAGAUCUGCAACAUCAUCCUUCCUAGAGGUUGUGAUCAUCUGAGAGAGAAGCUGGACAGCACGGAUGUGCAGAGCUUGGCAGUGUACAGGAGUUUACAGGCAUUUGUGGCUUAUGGGCAAUUAUACAAUCUGUGGUGGAAUCUCCCUGAUGAUUCGCUGGUCUCAGAACACCCAAGGCCUACCUCUGAGGUGUGCAGUAACAAGCAAUCCACUCUCUAUUGCCAGAGCAACUGUACAAGACCCUCUAAGCAUGUAGAAAAUAUACCUGACACUGAAGCCAGGCCUGAAGAAUUUUCCCAAAGGGACAAUAAUGGUACUAGCUCAGAAAUGGGUUCUUCGCCCAACUCAAGCCUAAAGGAGAGACAAGUAAAACUGAGAAGCUGUGGAGUGCUGCUUUCUGAAGAACAUGCUGCAGUCCAGAGUGUGCAGAGGGAUAUCUCUAGAGUUCAGCAGACAUUGGCAGACAUGAUCUCCCAACAUAAGAAAAAUAACCUUCAGCAAAGCACCACUGAUAAUCAGGAUUCCGAGGAAACACAGCUUUCGCUGCCAAGUCAGAGACAAAAUACGAAUGAAGUCAGUGAGAUGAUUUCUCUACCAGAUCUUAUGAAACAACUUACAGAAGCAAAUCAGAAACUAGCAGAGUUUCCAGCUAGUGUAAAGGAUUCACCUUUCCCAGAUGUCCUGGAGUGCUGCCUGGUUAUCCUUCACUUGGGAGCCCAGUGGGGGGUAGAUCUGGACCCAGAACUACAGGAGAAGUGCUUGCACCUGCUUCAAAAAUAUAAAGGAACUGACGUAUAUAAAGAGGCUUGUAGGAAGUUCUUCACAUGAAUCUCCUCUUUCCUAUCAAGUCAUUUUUUUCCUUAAUGUGAAGGACUAGUUGUGUAUAUUAAUUUCAUUCUAGAAUGGAUUAAUAAAUGCAAGUGGCUAUGGUUAUACAGUUACAUUGGUCAGUAACUUUGCAAAGAGCCCACAUCCUUUUUCAA